ACGUGUGCAGCCCUCGUCGAAUUUUUUCCAUUCGUGCGAGAGGUUAAUUGAAAUAUUUACAAUUGUUUAAACGAAGACGAAAAUUUGUGUUUAGAAAACGAAGAGAAUUUAGCAAUCAUGGCUGGCGGUAACACGCCGCGUGUUAUACAGGUGACCAAUAUUGCGCCGCAGGCCACCAAGGAUCAAAUGCAAACGCUGUUCGGCAACAUUGGCAAAAUCGAGGAGAUACGACUGUACCCCACCAUCCGAGAUGUCUCCUGUCCGGUGCAAUCACGCAUCUGCUAUGUGAAGUACACGGAGACAACCAGUGUGCCGAUUGCCCAGCAUUUGACCAACACGGUAUUCAUUGACCGCGCACUUAUCGUCAUUCCGGUGCUGGCCAUACCCGAGGAGUAUCGAGCGCUGGAGAUGCUCAAGAAUGGCACUAUUGUGCCCGGUCUGCAGAAGCCGGACUCCAAGCUGCCGCCGGAGGUGAUCAAUCGCAUUGAGGGACAAUUGCCGCAGCAGGUAAUCAAGACGUACGAUCCCAAACUGCUUGAAUUCAAUCUGCCCGAAUAUCCUGCGUUGCCCUCGUUCUACGAUGGACGCAAAAUUGAGGAAAUUCGUCGCACCAUCAUCGUCUGCGAUGUGCGCAACGAGUGGCGACUGGACGAUCUGAUGGAGUGCUUCCAGCGCGCUGGCGAGGUAAAAUACGCUCGCUGGGCGGAGAAGGAUAACAAAACCUAUUGCAUGAUUGAGUUCUGUGAGCAGACGAGCGUCAUCCAUGCCCUGCGUCUACAGGGUCAGGAGUUUAAGGGUGGGCAUCUGAGUGUCUAUCAUUCGACGUACUCCAUAACGAAACCGGAGGCGAAAUCCAAUGAGGCUGCCCAAGCCGAAAUUGAGGAGGCCAUGACAAUUGUGAAGGAGGCGCAGAGCAUGAUCUCCGCCGCCAUAGAUCCUGUCAUCGGCAUGUUGGCCAAGGACAAGCGACGACGUUCGCGUUCACAUUCACGUUCGCGCGAGCGUCGCACCAGCAGCCGAUCCCGUUCGCAUCGCUCGACCUCGCGGCGGCGACGACGCUCCGGCACCCGGGAGCGACGCAGUGUGUCCAGGUCGCGACGCUCGCGCUCCCGUGGCAAGCACUCGUCGCGGUCGCGCAGCAAGCGCUCGCGUUCCCGCCAUCGACGCAGUGGUUCACGCUCGCGCCGAUCUCGUUCACGCGGCGGCAAGCAUUCCCGCUCAUCGAGAUCGGGUGGCAAACGCUCCCGAUCUCGACAUCGUCGCAGCACCUCACGCAGCGCACGUCGCUCACGCUCGCAUGGUGGUGGAGGAGGAGGGGGAGGAGCAGGUGCAUCUGGCAUCGAAAGAGGAGGAGGCGGAGGCGGCAGCAGUGGCAAUGGCAAUGGGAAACGCUCCCGAUCCCGUGAGCGGAGUAGCAAGAAAUCGCAUCGCGCACGCUCGCCACGCUCGCGCAGCAAACGAAGCUCCCCCUCGCCCCCGGCUGUGCCCAGCAAGUCGAGAUCGAGUCGCAGCAAAGAUGUUGCCACCAGCUCCAUAAAGUCAUCGUCGACGUCCAGACGACGAUCCCGCACUCCGGAUGCACGCAAACUGAAAUCCAUUGUUGAAGAUGCCGACGCGAAAAGCUCUCGCAAAUCGGUCAGCGUUGAGAAGUCGGAUAACAUGGAUAUAUCCAACUCACCAUAAUGAUGAACGAUCCGAUCGAUUGUAGCAUAUGAGCAGAGUUCCCCCUGAUUUUGAUAAGAAAUACACACAAAGAAAAAAAACUUUACUUUUACUUUUGCUAUUUAUAAAUUUGGAUUGCAGCCAAUUUGUGUACUGCAUCCGCCUUUAAGAUUUGUAUCAAUUAAUCAGCUAUGUUUUUGUUUCAAGUCUUAAGUUCAACUCAAAAUCUUCAACAUUUACAACUACAUGUUUAAUUAAGCACAAUUAUUGAAUAUACAACUCUAGACUAAUUUAAUGGGUUUGAAUUUAGAUACACAAUUCACAAGUUAUCGGUUGAUCAGACUUUAAUUAAGUAUUCAAUAAUAAGAUAUCUAAAAUUGCAAUCAAAACCACGUGAAUUAAAAGGCAUACAUAUAAUA